UUUUUUUUUUUUUUUGUCUUCCAGGAAGUCAGAGUGGUGGUAAAAAGCCAAAAAUGAGUCUCUUCCGCACCCUCUUCUGCUGUUGUGUUUCUGCAGAGAAUGAAGGAAGCGCUGCCCAAAAUGGUGUGUGUGUAUCAGAGGAUGUGCCCCCAUAUACUCAUUUACCACCACCAACAGGACCUCAGAGACAUCUGUUGCCCUCCGUCAGCCAUCGAGACAUGCACAAGAAGUGCAUGGUUAUUGACCUUGAUGAAACCCUGGUACACUCCUCAUUUAAGCCUAUCAGCAAUGCUGAUUUCAUAGUUCCUGUGGAAAUUGAUGGAACCAUCCACCAAGUUUACGUUUUGAAACGACCAUAUGUAGAUGAUUUUCUACAAAAGAUGGGAGAACUUUAUGAAUGCGUACUAUUUACAGCUAGUCUGGCCAAGUAUGCAGAUCCAGUAGCCAACCUUCUUGACAAAUGGGGAGUGUUCCGUGCACGUCUCUUCCGGGAAUCUUGUGUCUUCCAUCGAGGCAAUUACGUUAAGGAUCUUAGCCGGUUAGGACGAGACCUCCAUAAAGUAGUUAUAAUGGACAAUUCACCUGCAUCAUAUAUCUUCCAUCCCGACAAUGCUGUUCCUGUUUCUUCUUGGUUUGAUGACAUGAGUGACUCCGAGCUCAUUGAUCUCAUACCCUUCUUGGAAACAUUAAGUAAAGUGGACAAUGUGUACAGUGUUCUCAGGAACUGCAACAAUCCACUCAAUUCUCAAUCCUCUCCUCAACAAGGGAACCAAGUGCUCCCACAACUCAGCCAGGGACCCAUGACUCAAGUUCAGCCACCUCAGCUCAUAUCACAACAGCAGCAACAGCAACAAACCCAAGAUCCACAGCAAAUCAAGAAAGAUUAUGAGGAGACAAAAGAUGGUGCCCCCUCAUGAGAGGAGGAAGGGAGUGUUGUUAGGCAGGAUUCAUAGGAGGGGACUCCAUGUGACAGAGAGAGUGUUCCCUUCUAAAGCCCUGCCAGGUUUCUACCCCACCCUAGUUCCCCAUAUCCUUUACUUGCUCCCUACCCCGUAUUCAUAUCUUCCCUACUUUUACCACUGCCCACCCACCUAAGCGACUGCCCAUCCAGCCAGCAGCCCCUCUAACCAGGCAAUGUUCAUCCCUUCACCUGGCCAUGGUACACAAGGGCUUGGGGGGGACUCCAGACUGAUAUUUGAUCAGUUGUUUGAUUAAAUGUUAACACACACAUUGCACCGCAGUACAUGGCCACUCAGCCUUGUCCAGGGGAAGGACUGUCAAGUGGUUUCAUACCAGCCCAGUGAAGUUUUAGAACUAGUCGGGAUUUUAUGUGGAACUCUGAAACUUCGUGAACAGAUUCCCUGUUGGGGUAAGACUGCAUGUUAUAUAAGUUCAACUCGUGAUCAGGUGGAAGCAUAAGAAAAUGCUAUAAGCAGUCAGUAAGUGCUACGACAAUGCCUGAGAACAUACUGUACCUGUCCAUGCCAGCUUAUGUUUAAUGCAUUGGAAUGGAGCAUGAGAUGCUUCCAGUAUGUAUCUUGAAGUAAAACAAAAUGAAAAUUUUCUCAUUUGAAUAUCACUGUGCAUAAUGCUCAGUAGUGAUAUCUAUCUUCUUUCCUUCCCUCCUUCCUUUCAUUUUUAUCCUUUCUGUAUCACCUCUCAAUAGAUAUAUAGAAAAGUGCCAAGAAGUGAUAGACUCCCACUCUCCGUCAUCAUACCUUGGAAUGAUGAUGUAACUUUGGCAACCACAUUUCAUAUCUUAUAAUUUUAUGCAUCUGUAGAACUUUUUUCACCCAAGUCUAAAGCAUAGUUUGUGUGCUUACGUUUUCAUCAUGAAUAUUUCUGUAUGUAUUUUUAAACCUCUAAUGAACAAAUUUCGUGUGCCAAUACUGAUUAUUCUGGAUUUUGUUUCCAAUCACCGUGACGAUGGGACAGUGGGACACACUACUGUAUUGUAAUUUUUUUAAUUUUUUAUAUGAUCAUAUGCUAGGUAUCUAGAAUACCCAUGUAAUGUAAUGCCUAACCUUCCUUCCUGCUUAGUUUCUGUUAUUAUUUGUUAGAUUAGCUGUCACACUGUUGAUGCUGGGUUAUGUACGGUGAUUGGGACUACUAAUUGAACUUGUGUUGGUGAUGGGCAGGCACCCUAAAAGGGGGUUGGCUGGCCAACAUGAUUAUUCUUCAAUCUGUGAGGGUAAGUGAGACAGCAGAUCAUUGUGUUAUUUGGCUUCCACUCGAAACGUCCAAUAGCCAAAAGUGGCUUUUUUUCCAGGUCGUCUUACCCUCUCCUCAUGACCAUAAUAUUAUUAUAUAAAUAUAUAUAAUUAAAGUAUAUAUAAAUAUAUAUACAAAUAUGAAUAUAUAUGUUAGAGUAUGUAAUGGUUUUAUUUUUACUUUUAUCUGUUUUAUUUUCCAAUAGACUAUGUAUUCAGUGCAAGAGGACUAUCACUGGAGGAUUCAGGAAUAAGUUUUGUCUCCUCUGUUGUUUAUGAGUUGUUGUUCAUAAAUUAAUUUUUUAUUCAUUAUUUUGAGUAGAAUAGUUGGAUGGAAAAGAUGAUUAACCAAUUGAUCUUUCUCUCUGCAAUGUCUAGUGUGGUUUUUGUUGCUAGAUGUUGUGGAUGUGAGUGUCUCAUUGGUGCUGUAAAAAUAAUAAUGAUAACUGUUCUCUGUGAUAGUGGGGUUAAGAACUGGAAGAUCAAAGCCUGUGGUAUUUUGCUCAUGCUUGGGAAUGGAGGAAAUGCCAGAAUUAAGGCUGUUGGGCUUUUAGACAGUUUCCAUGUCAACAUCAUGUCUACAUAUAACUUUAAUCACCAUGGGAUGAAGUCUGUAUGAAUAUCGUAAGUUAUUUAGAAUUCUGAAAGUUAGAAGGAUUUCGUGAAAACCAUAGCUAUUACUGUUUUUGGAAUCAUCUGUAUUUUUAAA